GUUUUUACAAAAAGUAUACAAUCUAUUUGGAGAAAAUUCAAACUGGUGUGCCUCAUGAAACUAGCAGAGACAUGUCAAUCCAACAAGAAGAAUGCAAGAUUUGAAAGCAUGGAUUCUGCAAUGCUAUUUUUUCAAGCUCGCCAGUGGUUUUCAACAAAGAGAAUAAUCCUCCUUUCACAACUACUUGUCCAACUUCAAAUUUAAUGCGGAGUCCUUCAUGUAAACAAAGUCUAAUAAACUAUUUGCCAGACAAUAGGACUAAUAAUCACAAUACAAAAAAUGUAAUGAAAUCUGUUAGAACUCCAAAGUCAUUGUCAACAAAUCUUUUUCGCUCUCAAUCAGAAACAAUGUUGCAAAAUGAUGAUCAGAAUCUAUUAUCUUCAUCAAAGUUCACAUCAGAAGAGAAACUAAAAGUCAUCAAUAAAAAUGCAUCAAAUCCUCGAUUAUCCGGGGACAAAACUCCAGUUACUCACUUUUGUACACCAAAACAUACAGUCUCACGUUCAGGAGCUAGCAGUUCUGCGAAAAAACCUGCUAAACGAUAUUUUAGUGAUAAUACUUUAUCUCAAACUCCAGAAUGUUUUAAUGUAGUACAUUUAGGAACUCCUAGAACAAAAACUGAAAAUGGAAUUGGAGUGGAGGAGCAAACUUUAUGUGAUGGAGAGAAUAGUAAUUUAACAGUUGGUGUUAGAGUUAGACCUUUAAGUUUUAAGGAGCAAAAUGAGCCAAAGAUUACUUCUAUCAUAGAAGUUAGUAGCCAGAAUAUCAUAGUAGACUGUGAUACAUCACAACAUUCUUUUAUGUACGAUCACUGUUUCAUUUCGUACUCGGAUCCUUUAGUUCCUGGGCAUGCCAAUCAAGAAACAGUAUUUAACAGUAUUGGUUUACCUUUGGUACAUAAUGCAUUCGAGGGAUAUAAUGUUUGUUUAUUUGCAUAUGGUCAAACAGGAUCUGGGAAAAGUUACAGUAUGAUGGGUGCAGAAUCCAAUCAAAUAAAUUCUUUUGAACUCAGUCCAGAUGCUGGUAUCAUUCCGAGAUUUUGUCAUGAAGUUUUUUCAUGCAUUGCCUUAGAUCAUAAUUCAAAUAUCAAUGUUGAAAUAAGUUAUUUUGAAAUUUAUAAUGAAAAAAUUCAUGAUCUUCUGAUAAGUAAUACCAGUAAUACAAAACGAGCUCCUCUAAAAGUACGUGAACAUCCGGUAUUUGGGCCGUAUAUUGUAGAUUUAAGUCAACAUACUGUACAAAAUUUUGAAGAUUUGAAGACAUGGUUAAAAGUCGGCAAUUCACAAAGGGCAACUGCAGCAACAGGUAUGAAUGAAAAAAGUUCCAGGUCACAUAGUAUUUUCAGUAUAAUUCUUACCCAAACACAAUCAAAAUUAUCAACAAACAAAAAGCCAGAAGAUGCUAGUCGAAGAAGUAAAAUAAAUUUAGUGGAUCUUGCUGGAAGUGAAAGACUGAGUAACACUUGUGCCAGUGGUGAUAGAUUAAGAGAAGGAGUGUCUAUAAAUAAAUCGCUUCUUACAUUGGGAAAAGUUAUAGGAUCUCUUGCUGAGAGCACAAACGAACGAAAACGUAGUUUUGUUCCAUAUAGAGAGUCAGUCUUAACAUGGCUUUUGAAAGAAAGUCUGGGCGGAAAUUCGAGGACUGCGAUGUUGGGCACGGUUUCCCCGGCGAACAUCCAUCUGGAAGAAACUCUGGCUACCCUGCGCUACGCUUGCCAGGCCCGGGCGAUCGUGAAUAGAGUGCGAAUUAACGAAGAUCCUCACGAUAAGCUGAUAAGACAAUUGAAAGCCGAAGUUCAGCGACUGCGUGGUAUGCGAGAUGGUUACGAGAAGCGUCUGGGAAUGACGCCUCGAAAUCUCUUGGACGCGAUUGACAACGCGUCCGACACUACGGAGGAAGUCGUGAGCAAACAAAAGGAAAUCGAUCAGUUGAAAGAUCAGUUGAAGAAAAUGGAAGAGCAAUUGUUUGUCUCGCAAAAGUCGUUCGAGGAGAAGCUGCGCGAGGCCCAGCAGAAGAAGAACAGCGAGCUGGCCUACCUCCGCCGCUGCGGUAUCGCCGUCGAGCUGGACGUUCGAGAAAAGCCAAAGCAGCCUUGCUUGGUCAAUCUCGCGGCGGAUCCGAUGCUAUCCGGCACUCUCUUGUAUCUCGUUCCCCCAGGUCGCGUGCGGAUCGGUCGAGCGGCUAAGCCCGGCACGCCGUCCAGCAGACUCGAUAUUGUACUCAACGGGCCACUCAUUAAGAGGCUUCACUGCACCAUCGAAAAUAAUCAUGGAAAACUAACAUUCAUGCCAGAGAAAGAAGGAGAGAACUUUGUUAAUGGAGAGCUGGUUCGAGGAAAAGUGCGAUUGAAACACGGCGACCGAUUAGUUAUCGGAGGUAACCAUUACUUUAAAGUUUGCAAUCCUCAAGAUGAUGUAGACGCUGAUCCUAUGACCGUUCAACCAAUAGAUUUUGAUUAUGCUCACCAGGAAGUACUUCGAAUUCAAGAAGAAAAGUUGAGAGCAGAGUUGGAGGAGUCAAAACGAAAAGCAAUGAAAGAACUGGAAAAUGCGAAAAAAGAAGUUGAAAUGCAAUUGGACUCCCAAAAGUCUACCUACGAGUCGAAGAUAAAACAAUUAGAUUACAAUCUAGAGAAGCACAAGUUAGCUUUGGAAGAGACGAAUCGCAAAAAGAAAGAACUCGAGCGUGAAAAUGAGUUACUUGCUAGCGAAAUUGAAACGAAUAAUAAAAUCAGAAGCUUGGAAGUUGAAGGUUCUGGUAUUAACAUCGCACCAUAUAAAUCGAAUUUCCUUAAAGAACUCGAAGAAAUACUCAACGAAACAACUGCGGACGUAGAAACAGCUUUGUCUGUUCAAACAAGUAUCGAAGCUAUGAAGGUCGGUGGUGUUAGUCUUCACGAGAUACAAUUGUUGGUUAGAGAGGCCACAGAGAGAUGCAGAGACGUUGGCGUAAAUUAUGAAUUUCAUCAACAGCAGAUAGUCAAAGACAAGUACUUACAACCAGUAAUACGUGUUCGAGAUAAAGAUAACAUGCUCGAAAGCUUCUGGGAACCUAUGCACUUUUUGGACUGGAUCCAUCGGUUGAGGGAUCAUGAGCUUGAACACUCCAUUAAGGAAUUGCAGGAUUCCGAGGAUAAAUGGCAAUCAUUCGAGGAGAGCGAUAUAGUUUCAGAUUCUCUGUAUAACAGCCGAAUAUCUGUAAACAUGACUCCCGUCAAGAAACAGUUAAACGAAAGCUUAAGCCACAUGACCCUAGAUGCGUCUUUUCUUGAUGUUUCCGUAACCGAUCAGACCACCGAGUCGGUUAUACAAAAGCGUCGAGAUGAUAUUAACCAAUGCUUAAUUCAGAUAGAGAUCGCUUCAAAGACACUUCAAGGACUCUGCCAGCAAUACGAACCCCGAGAUGUGAGCUGUAAAGUGACGGAGACGCUUCAUAAGGUGAACGCGAUAAUGAAAGACCUAAAAGUUGUCUUGAACGAAAAGCAUGCAGUUGAGAAUAGUGUAGAUGCUGAAAGCGUUAUAAUUGAUGUCAGCAACCGCAAUAGCAUAACCAGUGAAAAUUCUGAAAUUGAUAAGACAGCUCAGCCCUUCGAUCGAGUUAAAAAGUAUUUCACAAAUGACGCCACAUCUACCAAGUCUAAUCUACGGAAUGCGUGUCCGUUUUUUAAGAAAGAUAACUCAUCAAGGUGUGUUCGAUUUAACGUUCAAUGAUAGUUGAUUAUGGGAUAUCCAUAAAACUUUUAUUUCUCGAUUGCAGAUAUAAAAAGUAAGAAGUUUAAUCUUCUAUAGGAUUUGCCGCACGUGACAUUUAUCAGAUUAUAAAGAUAAAAAGAUAUUAUUUUGUUCAAGUUAGAUUUUAAGAAUUUUUACACUGAGUAUCAGAUCUGACUAUUACCAUCAGAUUUUAGUACGUUAUUAUUAUUGCUUACUUUUAAUAAUUUUACACUUCGAUUCUUAGCUAAGCUAUUUAAAAUUUGUGUUGAUUGCAAUAUCUU